AUGAUGAAUCAGCAAAAAUCAUUUAAAACAAAUAUAACGACAGCUUUUGAAAAUAUAAAAAGGAGUUUAAGAACUCAAAUUAUUAUAUUAACAUUAAUAGGUUGGGGAGUUGCAAUGUCAAUUGACAGAACGGUUGUAGAUGAUUAUAGAGUUAAAUCAGAUAAUUUAAAUAGAGAUAAUUUACCAGAAAUGGUUAGAAAUCAUAGUGACAAAGUUGCACUUUCAAUUCUAUCAGUUUUUGAAACAUUAUUAUUUGGACUUGGAAUUGGAUUUUUUGUAGCAGUUGGUUUAAAAGUUUUUAAAAUUAGAAAUCAACAAUUGAGAAAAAGAAUGAUUUGGUGCUGGGGUUGUAUUUCAUUUUUUAUGGUUAGUUGGUGGCCACAUAGUACUUCACAUGCAUUAAUCUUAACAUCUAAAGGUGAUAUUUAUGAUAAUUUAAUAGCAAUUGAAGUUUCAUUUCAUUGGACAAUUUUAUUUUGUUCAUUAACAUUAUCAUAUUUCCAAUAUGAUUUAAUUUUAUUAAUGUUUGAAGUUGCAAUGAUGAAAAAGAAAAUGGAAACUAGAAAAGAAUGUAACCCACUUAAAAUGGAUUGGAAAUAUAAUUUCAAAUAUCAUGGUAUCCUUUUAUUAUGUGUUUUCUUUGGUGUUGGUAUGGUAUUUAUGUUUCAUUAUGAUCCAUUAAAACCUGAAUAUAAAAGAUAUCAAAAAUUCUUUUAUGUUACAUUUAAAAUGGUUGAUUCAAUAAUUUUGGGUUGUGGUUUUGCAUUUUCAUAUAUUGCAGUUAGAAUUAUUUCAUUAUUACCACCAAGUAAUGGUAAAAAAGUAGCAAUCAUUUCAUCACUUUGUAUUGCCGCUUUAUUCUUUAUUGGAUAUGGUCAUCCAAUGGCUCAUACUCAUUCACCAUAUUCAAUGGAGAGUACAGUUAUAAUUGAUUAUACAAUUCAUUUACCAAUCAUUAUUUUAACAACUGUAUUGGCAUUUUAUCAAUUUAGAAUGUUAGAGUUAUCAACUGAUUCAAGUUCUUCUAUUUGUAUGGCUGCUAAAUUAAGAAAUAGACCACAUAAAUAUAGUUUCCCAAUCAGAAGUUUAGGUAUUAAAUCACAAGCUGUAACUAAUAUUGGUCAAACAAUGGGCCAUGGAGUUGGUGUAAGUGGUUCAGAAAGUAAAUAUACUGGUACACCAGAAUGUGAUGGUAGUUCUGCAAUUACAACUGAUGAAAAAUUACAAAUUCAAUCUCAAAGACCAACUCAACCAUACUAUGAAGAAGAACAUGAACUUCAAGUUAAAAAAGAAAAAUCUAAAGAUAAUGAAAUUGAAAUGGAACCAGUUAAAAAUAAUUUCCAAACUUCACAACCAUCAUCUAAUAAUCAAUUUAGUUCAGUUGAUAUUUCCAUUGACCAAAAUGGUAUCUCUGUUGUUGAUAUUACAAAUAAAGUUGAUACAACAAUUGAUGUUGUUGAAAUUGAUAUUCAACAUGGAGUUGCUGGUGGUGGUGAUGUUCCAAUUUCCUCUGAAAAUAAUAUUAAUAAUAAUAUUAAUAGUAAUAAUAAUAAUGAAGAACCAAAUGCCGAAGAAGAAGUUAUACCGACCGAGGAUACUAUUGAUGAAUUUAUGCACGAAAUUUAA